AAACAAUUGAAACGAAAAGGGGAAGGAAACACUCUUGAAAGCAGCUUCCCAUCUCUCUCUAUUCAGAAACAGAUACGUAAGUAAUUAUACACAUAUACUCUGGUAUAUACUCUGGUAGAAGCAGAUAGAUUCAGACAAGAGAACCAAACCAAGUGUUAAAGAAACAGGUAAAGUCUUUCUCAAGAUGCUUUGAUUUACUUUUGCUUCACGUACAUGUAAUCUUACGUAUUCUUCAGCUCUACCGUCUCUUUCUUUCUCUAUAACGUCGGUAGUUGAAAUACUGCUGUUGAGUAUUUCACAAAUCUAACUCCUCCAAUAUCAAUUUAGUAGCUUGAAAGGUUUUAAAAAACAAGAGAGAGAGAGAGACUUGAUGCGCUCCUCUAUAUCUCGCUCUUCUUCACACAACACCCAUCUUCUGUGUUUCUUUGGAAGCAACUAACUCGGAAAGGAUAUAAUUCAUCAGAAGCUUGCCUUUGGAAUGGUCUCUCGCUGCACCUACUAAGCGUAAAGACACAAGCAGAAGCUAUGCAUUUUCCUCUUGUUUCGGCUUGGAACAAGAGAAGGAGAAGCAAAUCCUAUGAUACGGAUCCAUGUACGUUCCUUUUCUCCAUCAUCUUCGCCAGAUGGCGUAAAAGGGUCUACAGAACAGCAGAGUGCUGGCAAAUCGAAGAUCAGACGUCUCAGCCAAGGAAACGAAGAUAUGGGUCAUGUGUUUAUACCCUCAAGGAAAUGGAAGAGGCUACAAAUUCCUUCAGUGAUGACAAUCUCCUCGGUAAAGGAGGCUUUGGCCGAGUUUACAAGGGCACUCUAAAAACAGGAGAGGUUGUUGCGAUCAAGAAGAUGGAUUUACCUCCGUUCAAAAAGGCUGACGGAGAAAGAGAGUUUCGUGUGGAGGUGGAUAUCUUGAGUAGACUCGACCAUCCAAAUCUGGUAUCUUUGAUUGGCUACUGUGCAGAUGGAAAACACCGCUUCCUAGUAUAUGAAUAUAUGCAAAACGGAAACCUGCAAGAUCAUUUGAAUGGAUUAAAAGAAGCAAAGAUAAGCUGGCCAAUAAGGCUAAGAAUUGCACUUGGAGCAGCGAAUGGACUCGCGUAUCUCCAUUCAAGUUCUGGUGUUGGCAUUCCAAUUGUUCACAGAGAUUUCAAAUCGACCAACGUUCUCCUAGACACCUACUAUAACGCAAAGAUAUCAGACUUUGGACUAGCAAAGUUGAUGCCAGAAGGAAAGGACACUUGUGUGACUGCAAGAGUUCUAGGAACUUUCGGCUACUUCGACCCAGAAUACACAUCGACAGGUAAACUUACACUACAAAGCGACAUUUAUGCAUUUGGGGUCGUGCUUCUAGAACUACUGACCGGACGCAGAGCAGUUGACUUAACUCAGGGCCCAAACGAACAGAACCUGGUGCUACAGGUCAAGAGUAUACUGAACGAUAGAAAGAAACUGCGCAAGGUUAUAGAUCCAGAGCUGUCUCGGAACUCAUACAGCAUGGAAGCUAUAGCCAUGUUUGCUGAUUUGGCAUCACGUUGCAUCCGUAUAGAGAGCAGCGAGAGGCCUUCGGUGACGGAUUGUGUUAAGGAACUGCAACUAAUUAUCUACACAAACUCGAAGGGUGGCUUGGGUGGGACGAUACCUACAUUCAGAAGGCUCUAGACACAACAGAUUCUUUCAAAGAAGUGAUAAUGGAUUACGUCAUUUUUUUCCAACAAUGAGAGGUUGCUGAUAAAAGAAAACAAUCCUAAUUAAUAAUAAUUCCAACUUCCAGCUGCUAAAAUUAUAUCAAAGCGAGACAUUAUUUAGAUGUAUAUACUAUAAAAUCACCAUGUAAAUCGGGGUGUAUAUUGUGUUUUAUUUGCCAAAGAGUGUUUUGCUUGCAGAGACAUGAGUGUUUAAUAUAUAUAUAUACGUUCAGGGGUGUAUCCUUUUCUGUUUCC